ACGGGCUGCGCGUGCGCGCGCGGGCCGCGUGGUUGGGCGCGGCGCCGUUGCCCCGCCCCGCGAGGCCCCGCCUCCCGCGCGCCGGCGUCGGCUGCGUCUCCGGCAUUUGAAUCGCGCUUCCGCCAUCUUUCCAGCCUCAGUCGGACGGGCGCGGAGACGCUUCUGGAAGGAUCGCCGCGAUGGCCGCGCAGGGAGAGCCCCAGGUCCAGUUCAAGCUCGUCCUGGUGGGCGAUGGUGGCACCGGGAAGACGACGUUCGUGAAGCGUCACCUGACGGGCGAGUUCGAGAAGAAGUAUGUAGCCACCUUGGGCGUCGAGGUCCAUCCGCUGGUGUUCCACACCAACAGGGGGCCCAUCAAGUUCAACGUGUGGGACACGGCCGGCCAGGAGAAGUUCGGCGGCCUGAGAGACGGCUACUACAUCCAAGCCCAGUGUGCCAUUAUAAUGUUUGAUGUAACAUCAAGAGUUACUUACAAGAACGUGCCCAACUGGCACAGAGAUCUCGUACGAGUUUGUGAGAACAUCCCCAUUGUGUUGUGCGGCAACAAAGUGGAUAUUAAAGACAGGAAAGUGAAGGCAAAAUCUAUUGUCUUCCACCGAAAGAAGAAUCUUCAGUACUAUGACAUUUCUGCCAAAAGUAACUACAACUUUGAAAAGCCUUUCCUCUGGCUCGCUCGAAAGCUCAUCGGAGACCCUAACUUGGAGUUUGUCGCCAUGCCUGCCCUUGCCCCCCCAGAGGUUGUCAUGGACCCGGCUUUGGCAGCUCAGUAUGAGCACGAUUUAGAGGUUGCUCAGACGACUGCCCUCCCGGAUGAGGACGAUGAUCUGUGAGAAAGUGAAGCUGGGGCCCGGCGUCAGAAGUCUAGUUUUAUAGGCAACUGUCCUGUGAUGUCAGCGGUGCAGCGUGUGUACCACUUUAUUAUCUAGCUAAGCAGAACAUGUGCUUCAUCUUUGGGAUGCUGAAGGAGAUGAAUGGGCUUCGGAAUGAAUGUGGCAGUUAAAAAACCUUCAUUUUUUGGACUUGCAUAUUUAGCUGUUUGGAACGCAGUUGUUUCCGUCUUGAGUUUCAAAGAUAAGACUGCUACAGUCACAUCACAACAUUCAGUGGUGAAAUCUUGUUGUUACUGUCAUUCCCAUUCCUUUUCGUUUAGAAUCAGAAUAAAGUUGUAUUUCAAAUAUCUAA